AUGUACGUCGACUCGGUCAAGGUCAUCAACUACAACCCGGCCGAGUCGUACAGCUACACCGACCAGACGGGAGAUUAUUCUAGUAUCAAGGCGUCCAACUCGACUUCGUCGUCGAACUUGGCUUCGACGUCGAGCUCUGCUGAGUCGUCGAGUUCGUCGUCGACGGAGUCGUCUACUGCCUCAUCCUCUCAAUCGUCCACUGGCUCGGCGACUAACUCCACGACUAACUCGUCGACUGGCUCAUCCGCUGGCUCAUCUACUGACUCGUCCACCCAUUCAUCCACUCAAUCAUCUUCUCACUCAUCCUCUCAUUCGUCGACUAAAUCGUCGACCCAAUCAUCAACCAAGUCGUCCAGCUCUGGUCGGGCGAGUGGCUCAACCUCUACCUCUCCCACCACUUCCACCCAGUCUACUGCCGAGUCCACUGCUCCCACCUCGGGAGCAUCAACCUCUUACUUUUUCUCAUUGUGUACUCUUGUCUUGGCGGCUCUGGUUGUUGGAACCGUUCAAGCUUAA